GUUUGCUGUGCAUUGGUUUCACGCUUUUAAAUCAACUCUUGGCAGCUGGAAACACAGAAGAGGGGCCUUGGCAAUAGUGGUCCUGCCUGGCAAAAGUAGACAGGAGCCACGGCAGGGACAGAGCAGGACGCGCUCAGCAGUAGAGAGACUGGAGACUAACUCACUUGAUGUUUAAUCCGAUGCUUGCAGAAGCUUCCUGUCGUGGUGCAUGGUGAGGUGGUGUGAACCAAUGGGAAGGCAGCGGUGAGGAUGCAACAGUGAUCCAGGAAAAAACAGCCCAUUGUUCCUGGGAUGUUGGAGAAGUGUGACGUUCCUCCUGCCACCUCUGCCUGCUUGACCUAACGGUACAGUGACAGACUCAGUACUCCAAUGACAGGUCAGUCAUGAGUGGAGGAGUCAAUGUAAAGUCAGCCCCCCGUGGGCCACCAUCAUCUGGAAUCCCCCUUCCACAUAGCUUGUUGCCCUCUUCUCCCAAAGCAGAUCCUCGCCGCCGGGUUCAUAAUCUGCCCAGGCACUCUUCUCAGACCCCUAAACACACACCCACACACUCUCCUUUACUUUGCCCACGGGGCUCCAGCAUCCCUAGGCCUUCCUCCAGGGACCUACUGCGAGAGGCUAGCCUAAAAACUCAACUCUUCCAGCGGACGGGAGCUCUACCUGCUCCCCAGCUGUCUCGCUCCGCCUGCAGCAGCCCAUUGACCCAGCGCCAUGUACUGCCGCCACAUUCCAAAGACACACUGGAUCUGAGAAAUCCAGCCUUAGUUCACACACCAACACAUUUCCCACAUGAAGGAAAUCGCAACAGAAAUGCCUUCACCAAUAAUAACCAAGCAUGGGGAGCCAGCAGCAUGCGUCCACCACUCCAGUUCAGGAGAGGUGACAAUUCCAACGCUUUAUCCCAGACAAUGAGUGAAAUCAUUCCAGAAAGAGAGGAAGAACCACUAGAAAACCACACAGCCCAGUCUGCCAUCUUCAGCAACAGUAACCUCUGCUCCUCUCUUGCUCAAACAAGUUGUGAGCACGACAUCAGAGGUCACCCUGACUCCACCAGCCAAUCAGAUGAGGACAUGGGGACUCCUGAGGACAACAGUCCAGCUUCUUCUCCUGGUCCCUUGCCUCUGCCACCCAUCACAUUCACCAUGUCAGUUAUGUCCAAAAUGUCUGUUCCUAUGGAGGAUCAAAACUUAGAUAAGGAGGCUAUGUCCAGAGAGGCACACAUACCCAGAGUCAACAUGGCAACUGUGGCUCCCUUCAGUUACAGGUUGCAGGUGCAGGACAGUGAUUUCUCAGUGGACGAGCUGAGUGACUGCUCAUCUGGUUCCAUAGAAGUAUGCUGUGAUGACUUAACACCAGGAGGGAUGCUGGAGGCUAAUGUGGCUAACAUUAGCAUGACAGCUAAGCCCAGAGAGCUGGACCUCAGGUCUGCUGCUGUCACCUGCCAGGAUACUUCAGCCCAGGCCAUGGCCUCUAGGAAACCCUUGGCCAAGCCCUCCGCUUUGCCCCAGGGCCCUUCACGUCCCUCAGAGCUCAAGGUCUACCGGCCCACCUCUGGAUCUAUCCCUGUUCCAAUCCCCAAUACAUCUAGGCUCCGCAAGCAGCAGUCACUUAGCAACUUGUCUGUGCUAACUGAUGCUGAGAAGAAGCUGCACCUGUACCAAUCUCCCCGCUGGAAUGAUGACACAAGUCGGUCUGGCACUGGCACCAGCAAAGCAGGCCAGACUAAGACAGGUCAGACUGGUUGCGGAAGAACACCUCUAUCCCGGACACUUUCAAAGUCAGAACAGUCUCUCUUCCAGGGGAAACCCAAACCUCUCUGUUCUCAGACUAUGACUUCUAAUGUGGGGAAGCCUAGUCGAAUCCCUGCCCCUGGUAAAGCACGCGGACCUUAUGCAGAGGUUAAGCCCAUCAGCAAGGCAUCUGAGGCGGGCCAGGGUGCCGACACAGACCCUGCUGACCGACCGACUAAGGGUAACUCCAUAGGAGCUGGGAAUACUGGGACUAAUGGGAAUAAGCCAGGGGAGAGGGGAAAAUCUGCUGCUUUGUCAACAGAGGAGAAUAAAGAAAAGAAAGGGCUGGAGGGAGAAGAUGAUAAGGGCUUUCUGAAGGUGGAUCCAGAGUUAGUGGUGACAGUUCUGGGAGACCUGGAGCAGUUACUCUUCAGCCAGAUGAUUGACCCGGAAACCCAGAGAAAAAGAACUGUGCAAAAUGUCCUGGACCUUCGACAGAACCUGGAAGAAACCAUGACCAGCCUGAGAGGGGUGCAGCUCAGCCACAGCUCUGUGGAGGGGACCAUGUGCUAUGACAGCGAUGAAGCUGCCGCUUUCUCCAUUACCAGUCUAUCAAAUCGCUCCUCUCCACUGUCAUGGCGCCAGGGUCAAGCCAGCCCCCGUCUGCAGGCUGGUGAUGCUCCAUCAACAGGCAAUACCCAGUUAGAUGUUCCCUUCCGGAUCAGCCACACCUCUCGUAUCCAGCUCAUCGAAGCCUUGAACGACUCAGAUCCGUCCCUCCUUAAGGGAGAUUACCUCAGUGACAGUGAACUCUGUGGGAAGAGCCCAGAGGAAGAUGAUGAAGACGAUGGUGAUAUUGAUGAUCUGGGGAAUGGUUGGGAUGAGAGCAGUUCCAUCAGCAGUGGCCUCAGUGACGGCUCAGACAACCUGAGCUCUGAAGAGUUCAACACGAGUCCCACUCUCAACUCCCUUCCCACCACACCCAUUGGCUCCCGCAGAAACUCAUCCAUAGUGAUGCGUACGGAUGCUGAGAAAAGAUCUCUGGUGGAGAGCGGCCUGUCUUGGGACAGUCAUGAUACCAAACCCAGCCGCAAAAGCCAGGGCAGCAGCGUCUAUGAUUCUGGAAGUCUCAAGUCCGAAUCAGCCAAUAAAUGGAAAAAGAUGCAACCGCAGGGGAAUGGGCUGGACGGAGGGAGGGGGGAACUGAAGAAACCUCAGACCCUAGGUCAAGGAAAUGUGUUGAAGAAAGGAAGAAACCCACCAGUGGGAGUCACAUCCCCAAUCACGCACACCUCUCAGGGUGGGCUGAAAGUGGCAGGUGCAGUAAAGUCAGAUGGGAAGCCCAUGGACAAAUCCCGGUUAGCAGUGAAGAAUUCGAGUCUUCAGUGUUCUUCUUCUGAUGCUGGUAAAGACCACCGUAAUGGCACCAGUGGUGGUGAACAACGUAAACCCCCAUCUGGCCUGGUCCGUCCCUCUACUGGUGGAAACUUUGGCUUCAAGAAGCCUGUCACAGCUACCAGUAAUGGAACAAACAAUGCCACUACACUCACUGUGAUGAGUACAGGUGGCAGUGCCAUACCCAGCGGAGCUGGUGGAGGUGGAGGACGUAAGACAAGUCUAGAUGUUUCAAGUAGUGACCAGAGUGGUUUUUUGUCUCCAAAUGCCAGGACAUCUCUUCAGUACCGCUCUCUUCCUCGUCCUGCCAAGACAAGCACCCUGACUUUAACCCGGCCUAGCUCAGCUCGCCCAGUAAGCACGACCAUGGACACAGGCUCAGGACUGAUCAGACCCUCCAGCGCAGCGCCCCAAGGCUUGAGGCUCAAAGAGCUCACCACAGGGCAUGGUUCUGCUGCAGGGUUGAGUAAGGCAGGGGGUCGUGGGAUCCCAAGUCCCAGUCCUGUCAAUCAGACAGACAGAGAGAAGGAGAAAGAGAGAGCCAAAGCUAAAGCUGUAGUAUCUGACUCUGAGUGUGGGGGUGGGUCUCUUAAGAGCACCCCCUCUGAGAACGGAGGGAAGCUACAGGGGCUGAGACCUCCCAGCAGUGGCAAGGGUAUGGAUCUAUCCUCACCCAGCACACACAGAUUAUCUGGGGUACGUAGCCUGGUAAAGCCUCCAUCUAUGGCCCAGCUUGACAAGCUGAACUCCAACAGCCUGGAGGUGGGGGUACAGGACUCCCUGCCCCCAAAGAUUCCUCCCUACUCUAAGCUCCAGGAUCUGGCUAGCUCAGCCGGAGGCUCCACUAGCCCCUGCCUGACCCCCACUCCUGCCCCUUUGCUUAAUGUGAAUGCUUCAGCCUGCUUCUCAAGCUCUGAGUUGGGGCCCAGGCAGGUCUCUUCCCUUGGGGGCCAAGGGAGCAGUGGGAGUGCCUCUCCCUUGCUCUACCCUCGUCUGUCUGGGCUGCAUCGGAGCAUGGAGUCACUACCACUCCAGAUGAGUCUGGCCCCAGAGAGAGGAGAGGAGAGAGAGAAGGAUAGGGAGAAGGAGAAUCUGGUGAGAGGCUACACCACUUUAGAGUCCCGAGACAGAGUGAGACAGGAAAACAGUGAUUCCCCUACCAGCUGGAGCUCUGGAAGCAAAGUCUCACUGGUUCUCACAGACAGUUCUCAGAGAGACAGAAACACGCUGCCAAAGAAGGGUUUAAGUUUCAGUGGUGCCUCCCAGGUUGACGAUGAAGGGAAGGAGAAAGGAGAGAGGAGGCAUUCUCAUUCAAUUCUCAGUAUGACUGACUCACUCGCUCUUCCACUGCUGUCCUCACCCACCUCCCUGCCCCGCACCUCUAAGUCCAGUAUGGUACCCAGCCCUGUUGGCGGACCUCCCAGGAUGACUCGAUCCAACAGCAUCCCAGCACAUGACGCGUCAAUGGAACUGUAUGGAGCAUCUCCCCUGGGCAGCACACUGUCCCUGGCUGAACGCCCUCGCAGCAUGGGAAUGGUUCGUUCUGGAUCCUUCCGAGACAAGGAGCCUGACGAAGUUCAUGGCUCAGUACUCUCCCUGGCGUCCAAUGCUUCAUCAAGCUACUCUUCGGCUGAGGAAAGGAUUCAGGGAGAGCAAAUCCGUAAGCUGAGGCGAGAGCUGGAAUCAUCCCAGGAGAAGGUGUCUAACCUGACCAAUCAGCUCACAGCAAACGCAAAUCUGGUGGCCGCCUUUGAACAAAGUUUGGCAUUGAUGACAACUCGGCUUCAGAGUCUGUCAUUUAGCCAUGAGCAGAAGGACUCAGAGCUAAUAGAGCUGCGGGAGACAAUCGAGGCACUGAGGUCCAAGAAUGAAGAAGCCCAGGCUGUCAUCCAAGGGGCCUUAAACAAUCCAGACAUGAAAGAGCUACGAAUUCGACGUCAGAACUCAUGUGAGAGUAUCUCAAGUCUUAACAGCCUGACCAGUAUGUCGAGUGUUGGCAGCUUGAAGGACCAAGAUGCCAAGAAGAAGAAGAAGAAAAGCUGGGUCUUUGAGCUGAGGAGCUCCUUCAACAAAGCAUUCAGCAUUAAGAAAGGCUCCAAAACAUACUCAGACAUCGAAGAAAUCGCCACCCCCGACUCCUCAGCUCCCAACUCACCAAAGAUGCCUCAUGAGGAGGGAGGAGGAGAAAAUCAAUCUUCAUCCCACAAAACCUCAGUUUCUGCCACCUCCUCUGUGAUCAUGGAGACUGCAGAAGAGGGCGACAGUGAGGAAACAGCAGUGUCAGAGCUACGCUCAGAACUCUGGGACAAAGAGAGGGCGCUGACAGACAUCCGACUGGAGGCCUUAAGCUCCGCUCAUCAGCUGGAGCAACUCAGAGAAGCCAUGAACAAUAUGCAGUCAACGGUGGAAAACCUGAAGGCGGAGAAUGACCAUCUGAAAACAGGAAGUCAGCUCCAUGUCCCAGGCUCCCGUCCCACUUCUUCCACCUCUCAACCUUCAGGCUUGGCCUCUCUUCUGGGGCCGUCACUGAGGCAGCCGAUGAGUAUGUCCCUCACCAAAUCCUUCAGUCUCAGUCUGAAUGAUUGUAAAGAUCCAGAUGUGUCUCCAGCUGACAUGCUGAGUGUGUCUUCUCAGCGGGAUGAGGUGUGUGCGCAAAUACUGGUUCGUAUAGGGGAUCAAGCAAAGGGCGGUAAACAACAGCAGGAGUAUUACCUGGGCUCAGUGAGGGUCAGUGCGAAGACUGACUGGGCCAGUCUCGACUCUCUUAUAGCAAAGACCUUCAGAGACUACUUAACUCAAGUGGACCCAACAGCCAGCCUGGGUCUGUCCUGUGAUUCACUGCACAUGUACCAGCUGACCCAGGGAGGGCAGAGAGUGAUAGGAGGGAACAAGCCUCCGGCCUCACCGUUUUGUUGUCUCAGCAGUGGUUCACCCCGAAUAUUUGUCACCCUAAAAGGUCUUAGAGAAAAAUGUGUUGACUCACUGGUGUUUGAGACUCUGAUUCCUAAGCCCAUGAUGCUGCACUACAUCAGCCUGCUGCUGAAGCACAGGCGACUUGUUCUGUUUGGGCCCAGUGGCACAGGAAAGACAUACCUGGCUCAGCAUCUAGCGCACUACCUCCUACAUUGCAGCCGGACCGACUCCUCUGAAGCCGACCAUGAGCCCUGUCUCCAGGGUCGCAGCGCUGCUGUCACCUUCAACAUGCAUCGCCAGUCACAGAAGGAGCUGCAGUUGUAUCUGUCCAAUCUAGCGAAUCAGAUUGACAGAGAAAGUGGAGGAGAACUGCCCCUGGUUGUUAUCAUAGAUGACAUUACUGAUUCAGCAGCCAUCACUGAGCUUGUUAAUGGAGCGCUCACCUGCAAGCAUCACAAAUGUCCAUACAUCAUUGGAACGACCAAUCAGCCAGUGAAAAUGACAUCUAACCAUGGACUGCAUCUCAGCUUCAGGAUGGUGAUGUUCUCCAACAAUGUGGAACCAGCUAAUGGGUUCUUGCUGAGGUACCUGCACCGUAAAGCAGUGGAGGCCUACCAGAAGGAUGAGCAGGACUCAUCACACCACCAAGCUCUCUUCCAUGUACUCGACUGGGUCCCUCAGCUCUGGUACCACCUCCACACUUUCCUGGAGAAACACAGCACCUCAGACUUCCUUAUAGGUCCCUGCUUCUUCCUGUCAUGCCCAGUAUCAGUGGCAGAGUUCAGGCAGUGGUUCAUAGACCUGUGGAACCACUCCAUCAUACCGUACUUGCAGGAGGGAGCCAAAGAUGGCAUCAAGGUCCAUGGGCAGAAAGCAGUAUGGGAAGAUCCAGUGGAGUGGGUGAGAGACACCCUCCCUUGGCCCAAUGCACAGCAUGACCAGUCCACGCUCUUUCACCUACCUCCCCCCAGCAUAGGCCCACCCAGUGAGGAGAAGAAGCCUCCCAAAGAUACACCUCCUCCAAGCUCGCUGGAGGCAGACCCACUGAUGGCCAUGCUGCUGAAGCUCCAGGAGUCGGCCAACUACAUAGAGUCUCCAGAGCGGGAAGGCAGUCUGGAUGCCACUCUGCAGACGACACUCUGAGGAUAACAUAGGACUUUCAGUCGCACUAUGAAACUAUGGACUUUAUUAUUGCUGGCACAGCAAGCACAGUCCCAGUGAGACUUUAAAGACUCAGUAGUGAACUUUGCAGUGUGCUCACUGAGCAUUUACAAAGCUAAACAUAAUGGAUUUGCUGAAGAAGUGAUCAUGGAUGAAACAUUUGCUCGGCCUCGGUGUCAGAACAUAUGAAA